ACAGCCUGGCCCUGCGGGUCACACUGGGGAUCAGGAUGGGGCGGGACAGUGCAGAGCUGGGCUCUGGGACUGCUGCACUGGGGACGUGGUGCAGACAGAGAAAUGCGCCAGCCCCAGUGUCUGCAGCAUGCAUUGCAGCGCAGAGCUCGCCGUGCUCAGCCCGCUGCCGGCCCAGCAGCUGACCGCACUGCAGACACCCCGUGUGCAUCGCUGCUGGGGGGGGCUCCUCCUGCCCUGUGCCAGCACUGCUGCUGGGGUGCGGGCAGUGCUGGGGGGUGGGCAGCACGGAGCAGCCUCACACCGCCGGGGUAAAAAUCCUCACCCUCCUGUUCAAAGGAUGGCUGCCCUCGGCCCCCGCCUUUGAAGUGCUGCCGACGCCGGCCAUGGAGGUGCCACUUCACACCUCCGGCCCAGCAUAAAGCCGGGGCUCCGGGGCCGGCGGCUCCCAGCCCUCAGCCAUGGCCCACCCGGCAGCUCCCAGCCUCGCGCUGCGCACCGCGUCUCCACCGCUCGACUGGGGUCUCCCCGCAGUCCCCGAGCCCGAGGGCUACAGCAGCAGCUCGCCGGCACCGUCACCCGAUUCCUGCGGCCUCUCACCCCCUGCCAGGGCACCGCGCCGCGGUCCCGCGGGCAGGAGGGGCUCAGGGGUGGCCGGGGGCCCACGGCAGAGCGCCAGCGAGAGGGAGAAGCUGCGGAUGCGGCGGCUGGCGCAGGCCAUGCACCGGCUGCGGCACUACCUGCCGCCCGCGCUGGCGCCCGCCGGGCAGAGCCUCACCAAGAUCGAGACCCUGCGCCUCGCCACCCGCUACAUCGCCCACCUCUCGGCGCUGCUGGGCCUCAGCGAGGAGGUGCUGCUGCUGCGCCGGGGGGCGGCCCCCCGCCACUGCCCGCUCUGCCCCCAGGGCCUGGGCUGCUGCCAGCCCCCGCACCCCCGGCUGUGCCCCCCGGCCCCGUGGGACGCUUCGCCCCCCAGCUCGGAGGGUUGGGGGAGCCCCCCGGAUCUGCACGGGGCUUUGGAUGCGGGGAUGGGGACCUGGGGGCCGCUCUCUACUGGCCCCGUGAUGGAGACCUGCCCGGAGCUGCACGGGGUUCCUGACAUGGAGAUGGGGCUCUGGUCAUCACCCUCCUACAGCCCCACCGCGGGGAGUCCCCCAGCACUGCACGGUGCUCCGGCCUCCAGCGUGUCCUCCUGGCCAUCCCCUCCUCACUGCGCAGUGGCAGGGACCUCUCCGGACCAUCCCGGUGACCCCAUCCUGGACGGGGGGCUGCUGCUGCCAGACUCUGUGGAUGCAGAGAUGGUCACCCAGGACAUCUCAGCAGAUCUGCUCUCCCUGUUGGAAGCUCUGCUCCCACCUCAGCUCCAGCACUGAGCGAUGCACCAUCGGAUGUCCAUGACUUGCAGGACCCACCGAGACGUGUCCCCCCCUCGGACAGCUGGGGGGUGGUGUAGACGAGGUGCUUGGAGCCUGGAUCCAUGCUGGCCGUGACUGUACAUAAUAUACUGUGACUGUAUAUAAA